GGGGCACGCACAAGCAAAAUCUAAACAAACUCCUGAAAAACUGACGCUCAGGAAACCACUCUUUAGAGCACCGGAAAAGGACUGCAAAAACUGUGACUCCUCAAAGUGACAAAUAGUGUUGUAGGUUACUGCAGUGCACAAAGCAGUGCAUAUAGAAGUGCUGCGGUUUCAAUACCGACACAAUAACAACACCACCAACAACAACAACAAUCCCAGGGCUUCUGAGCCGGAGAAGGACGCCACAUGCGGAACAUGAAGCCGCCUCAGAGCACUUGGUGGCAUCUGGUUUGUCUUUCUGCCGUCUUCCUGUCCGGGAGCUACGCGGCCCCCGUGCAAGAGCGUGAGACAGCGGCCGGGGCCAGGGCCGCUGCCUCAAAGGAGGAUGUGAACGUGCUGGCAUUCGGCGUGAUCCAAUUGACCGAUGCGCUCGGCCGGGUGAAGGAGAAGACCGGGAGCAAGAUGGACGCGAUCGGUCGCUCGCUGUCGGUCCACGACGACUGGCUGUCGCUGCUGCUGGGGGAGGCACGGAGGGCGUCCUCUGCCAAGCGAGGGGCUAAAGAAGAACUGCACCAGCUACAGCUCCAGAUGGCCGGGGUGACGGCCCAGGGCAGGGAGACUCAAGACACGCUGGCCCGGGUGGACCGGGAGGUCCAGGGGCUCUGGGCCAGAGUUGGGAACGUGGAGGAGUACCUGGGCGAAAAAGUCGCCAACCACAUCAAACAUCUACAGGAGAAGACGAGCGACCACUCAUACGUCCUGAGGUUGCUCCAGCAUUUCGCCAAGUACCAGGAAGAGUUGCUGGACGGGCAGAACCGGCAGCUCUCCAGACUCCUGCAAAUGAGCGAAGAGGACCAUUAGCUGUGCAGGAAGUCAGCGGGGCUGCCAGACUAGGUGAAGCACCAUCACCUCAACAAGAACGACAACACUUUGAUGGAGCAGUGUAUAAAGGCUUCAAAGCCUGAUGCUUUGCAUGUGUAAAUAUGGGUAAAUAUGUGUAAAUACUGUGAUUAUUUUGUAGCUUUAACCGUUUAUUUAAAGAAAAACUGUUUUUUUUAUGUGGUGCUCUGGUAAAAGUAUUGAAAUUUAGGUUUUAAAGACAAACCCUCCCUCAAAACCACCAACAUGAACACAGUGAGCAUGUAUGAAUGUAUCGGAGUGAAUUAAAGAGCGUGAAUAUGAAUGAAUGCGACAAUGGCGGCAUAGGAAUGAAGCAAUAUGGGUUGGUGCAGGACCACCGGUGCUGGCUACCUGUAGGUGGUGUGGGGCGUGUACACGUAGCGCGCGGGGAACUCCAGCACGUCCUUGGUGGGCCGGACACGGGGGUCCGGGUAGGGCUUGACGUGCAGCAGCUCGGGGGACAGACAGUAAUGAGGGGAGUCGGGCGCGGGGGAGAUGUCGAUCUUCAGCUGGGCUGAGAGACGCAAGUGUCGUAGAGGGAGGGACAGACAGACAGACAGACAGACAGACAGACAGACAGACAGACAGACAGACACAUCAUAAAGUUGUGAAUACUUUGUGUGCACUUUUUCUAAAUGUGAGAAUGUAUGUUUUGGUUGAUUGGAUUUUCUGUAUGGGAUAUGAUACAUCAUAUGUAUGACACUGCCUUGCACUGGGUUUAUACUCUUUUUUUUUUACCCCUGUAUACCUAGUAGCCUGAAGUGUCGGGCUACUUCUAGCAGCCCGAAGUGUCGGGCUACUUCUAGCCUUUUAAGUGGUUUAAAAUAGCGAUUUAGUUUUUACCAUAACACAUGCCCCUAUCGUAAGUUUAUAGCGUUUUGAUAGAAUCGGCUAAAAACAGCGAACUAAAGAAUACGUCUAUAUGCGUUUUUUUGCUCCAAAACUAACAUUCCAACUCGUUAUCAUACCAAACAUAUCCCAAAUCCAUUUUACACCGGAUUUCUCCUUUAAAAUAAAGGUCUUUGUACAUGAAUUGUC